UGCAGCUUGUACUACAAGAAUUCGCUCUUCGUAUAAAAUGUCCAACAUAUCUCAUCAGUGAUCAUCGCCGCCGGCAACAUUGGAGUUUAGCGACGGAGAACCCCAGUUGCGUUUUCAGAUAGGGGGAGAAUUCAAUUUGGGUGCACAGGACCAUUUCCAUUCAAGAAGCCGGAAUCCAGUGUCGACGGUCCCAAAUUUGGAUAACCACCAGCUGCCUUCACACACUCUUCUCCCUCCUUUAUCUUAUCCUAGUGACCCAGAAGAUGCCUCUUCUGUGUCGUUAUCAGCUUGGAAUCAUGACAGCAUUACUCUAACUCAAAAGAUCCAUCUUUCUCUCUCUCCACUUAAAAAGAUCAACAAGAACAAGAAAAAAUAAACGAAAGCCUUCCUUUCUUUUUUUUUCUGUUGCCUUCUCUGCUCCUCUUUCCCCUCCUUCAAGUUUCAACAGAGAUGAAUUAAUUUGUAGCCGUUGAAAAAUUCUCCUUCUACCUCAGAGAAGCAUAUGUGCAGUAGGAAAAGGUCUCCUCCCCCGGUGGUUCAGACAUCAAAUUCAAGAGAAAUGUUUCCCCUUAUGCUGAUCUCUUUUGUGGUUCGAUUUGCUCUGCUAACUUGGUGGUGUGACGAAGUUGCAAGUGAUUCAGCCUAAUUAAAUUUGUCGCUUCGAUUCUCAGUUCGGAGGGGGUUCAAAAAAUUCGAUUCUCUACGACGUUAUAAAAGGUUCGCAUAGGCAGUUAUUAUACAUAAGAAUUUGCAGCCUUUUUAACAGUAAACCCUCUGAUCUUGUGCAUAUGGAUCGGUCUGCAAUCUAAGUUGGACGCAACAUAGUUCAGGUUGAACACAGUAAAAGUGUUCAUCAGAAAAAUGAAUUGAAAGAAGGGAGUAAGUUGAAUUGAAUUUCCCUGGUCUGGUUUUGGCUUUUAUACUCCACUGCUGAACCCAACCAUCUGUACAUCCACAUGUCGAGGAUGACACCUCGUCACAAUCCUCAUCGUCUCCUACUAGACAUAGAACCCGGGGCGCCGCCGACCAACGGAAGCAGGCCAUCGCGUGAAUCUUACACCAGUGAAGCAAACUUCGACACCAACAUGGUAAUCAUCCUCGCGGCCUUGUUAUGUGCCCUAAUCUGCGCUCUUGGACUGAACUCAAUAGUACGUUGUGCACUAAGAUGUGGCCGUCGAUUUGCCUUUGAGACACCGGAAGGUACAGCUGCACGUCUAUCUGCAACUGGACUUAAGAAGAAGGCAUUGCGUCAGAUUCCGGUAGCAGUGUAUGGAUCGGGAGUGAGUAUCCAGGCCACAGACUGCCCGAUUUGUCUGGGAGAGUUCAUGGAUGGAGAGAAGGUACGCGUCUUACCCAAAUGCAACCAUGGGUUCCAUGUUAAGUGCAUAGAUAUAUGGCUACUUUCGCACUCGUCCUGUCCUACCUGCCGGCACUCACUGCUGGACCGGCCAACAACAUCUGAUCCAACCGACGCCAAUGCCGGUGUUGGGCCUCCCGGAAGUGGCUCCGAUCGACAGGGUGGUAUUGUCGUAGUUGUUGAGGAGGCGGGUUGAUGACGAUGGCAGUUGGAAAAUAUCCAGUAUUUGAUAGAUGUUAAUUAGCUUCUUUUUUUUAAUUGAUUGUAGUUGUUAGUGUUUCUUUUAUCAGUUUUAGGAGUUAUUUUGCUUAAUGUAUAGAGUGUAUAAAAGUAGAAAAACUUUGGUGGUAUUUCGAUGUAAAAUUUGCCACUUGUCCAAGCCACAAGGCUGGAAUAGUGAAAAUGGAACGAGAAACAUACAAAAUGACCUUUACUUGAGUUAUUCACGUGGGUGGUGUUUGGCA